CACUGCAAUUGCAAACACGAUUUUGUCAUCACCGCAGGUAAACGUUUCUGAUUCAGGGCUCAACAUAUCAUUGGAACAUCAGAAAGAUAAUUUAAUUUUGAGGAAGGGGGAAUCAACGUUGAUGAUAAGCUAUGGAGAUGGUUUGAUCAAGCCAGCCGAAAUACCUAUUUUCAAUGGAUUUUAUCCGUGUAUUUGGAUUUCAAAGGUUGAAAGAUUCUUUCGUUUUUCUCAAAAUAAUGACGUGGAGAAGAUACGUUUGGUGUCGUCGCACUUGGAAGGAGAUGCUUUGAGUUGGUUUAAGCAUGUAUCUUUCACAAAUUGGAAAGAUUUCAAGUCACAAUUGUAUGUUCGGUUUGGAAACAUCAAUCCUCGAGGCCCUCCGAUACAAACUUCUGCUUAUGAAGUGGUUUUGGUAAAAUAUUCAAUGCAAGAGUCAAAUUCAGCUAAGAAAGAGAAUAACUUCCCUGAAGAGAAACCUUUGACUGAGAAAGAGGAAUCUGUUUGUGUGAAGAAAUUGUCUCAUCAACAAGCUUCAGACUUGGAAGUAGCUGGCAAAAGAUUUCGGGAAAACAUUAAGAUGGCUUCGGUAAAAGAAAAAGAACGACUGAAAUCAGAGAAGAAGAGGAGAUUUUUGAAAGCUUGGAGGUUUAAAUUCAAAGAUAACAAGUCAGAGUCAAGAAAAUUGAUCAAACAUCAACUCUUUUCUAGUGAAGAUGGUAAGUCCAUCGGUUUUUUUUUACAUGCUACAGUUAGAUUAGUGCAGAGGAGGAGAAGGUUUCAGAGCCUUAAAAGGCGGAAGCAAGCUGCCAUGUCAUUGGUGAUGUCCAACUUGAGGAUGAUGCAAGUUUCAAAAGGGCUGAAACAGCUUAUUUAUGGGGAUAUGCAGCCAUUGCAACAUGCCAUUGGCGGAGUAAAUCAGCAUUUGGUUCUAGAUGAAGCCGGAUCACAAGAGCAUGCUAUUACAAAAGUUGAUUCUGUUUUGGUAAAUUCAACUAGUGUUAAUGUGAAGAUUGUUGAUAAGGCACAAGAAGAUAGAGUGUGUUUAGUAGGUGACUGGAAUUCUUUCUUUUCGGUUUGGCAUCGUUGGCGAAACAUGGACUUGUAUCAAAUUUGCUGGCUGAAUCAGCAAUCUCUACAACAAAUUAAGGAGAAGACUUCAAUCCAGAAUGACGGAGGUACUCAUGAGGAAUCGAUUACACAAUUAUCUCACCAGUUUGUGGCACUUUCACAUCUUCAGGUACCAAUCUCUACUUUGGAACCUAGCCAUAGAAAUCGAAGUGCCUAUCUAGGUGUUCUUGAGCGUUUUCCAUCUGCUAGUAUGAGGAAAACUAGUGCUUAGUCACUAUAUGGUCUUGAAUGUGUCAAUGGCAAGCAACAUACAUACCAUGUGUUUGAUGGAUUGUGUGUGAGAAGAAAAAGAUUAAAUCACCAGAGGAAGCUGAGUUUGUCUCCCAAAACCUGGAUGUUUAAGUUCAAAACAAGAAAUCUGGAGCAAAAUACGAGAAUGGGACAGAGGAACAAGUCACAUAAGCCAAGGUUGCGGUUCAC